AUGGAGAGAAAAGGCAAAACAGCGGAGACGACGUUUAGCUCUUCAACAUAUUGGAAAUGCUCCUGCUACCUACCUACUUCAGACAACGAAGUUCCUCCUAAUGAAAAUAUUAAUCAACGAGCGCAAGCUGGACAACGAAGAUCGAUCCAGGCAAGGCGAGCAAGAAACAUAUUAAUAAAAAAACAGGUAGCUCAAAUCGCUCUGCUUAAAUCAACAAUACAAUGUUACAAAAAAAGGCUUCAGAGAUCCAAAGGACAAAAUAAUAUGGACAUAGAGAAAAGUCCAGGUCCAGGUACAUUACUUAAUUCACCAAAAUCGAAAGAUACUGUCAAGAAAAAAAUAUUAUGUGGAGAAGUUCUUUCUCAACAAUUAAGAGAUAAUUUUUCGGAUCUUACGACUCAAAAAGAGCAAAGACUGUUUCAGAGAAUGAUAAGUGGAGAACUGGUUUCAAAAUAUGGAGUUUUAGAAGGAGGCAAGAUAUUAAAACCUAUUAAGAAAAGAAAAACUAAAUUAACUUUAAUAGAAGUAAAACGAAGCACAAGAAGAAAAUCGAUAACUUUGAGAAAAACUAUAGAAAUUUUCAUGGAAGAAGAUUCAAACAGUAGAGUGUGUGCUGCGUACGGCAAGGUGUUCUUGGUGAGGAAGAGAUGUGGUGUUGACGAAGGCAAGCUGUACGCUAUGAAGGUGCUGAAGAAGGCCAGCAUUGUGCAGAAACUGAAGACGGCUGAACACACGAGGACGGAGAGACAGGUCUUGGAAGCUGUAAGGGCUUGUCCUUUCCUCGUGACACUACACUACGCCUUCCAGACAGACGCUAAGCUACAUCUCAUACUAGAUUACGUGGCCGGCGGGGAACUAUUCACACAUCUAUACCAGCGAGAACAUUUCCACGAGAACGAAGUCAGGAUAUACAUAGCAGAGAUCAUACUAGCGCUGGAACAGCUACACAAGCUUGGCAUCAUCUACCGCGACAUCAAGCUCGAGAACAUCCUCCUUGACGCUGAAGGUCACAUAGUAUUAACCGACUUCGGGCUGUCCAAGGAGUUCUGCGGCGGGGAGAGCCGCGCGUACAGCUUCUGCGGCACCAUAGAGUACAUGGCGCCGGAGGUCGUCAGGAGCGGCUCACAGGGACACGAUAUAGCCGUGGAUUGGUGGUCAGUGGGUGUUUUAACGUACGAACUGUUGACGGGUGCUUCGCCCUUCACUGUCGAAGGUGAAAAGAACACUCAGCAGGAGAUUACGAAGAGAAUUGUGAGAUGCAGUUACCCCGUACCCAACGAUGUGAGCCCCGCUGUACAGGAUUUCAUCAAGAAACUUCUAGUAAAGGACCCACGUCGUCGUCUCGGAGGCGGUGAUGAUGAUGCAGAGGAAUUGAAACGACAUCCAUUCUUCCAGGACCUAGACUGGGAGGCUGUAUCCCGUCGCGAGGUGCCCGCGCCCUUCGUGCCUCAACUGUCACACGCAGCUGAUACGUGCAACUUCGCUGACGAGUUCACGAGGAUGCCGCCCACUGAUUCGCCGGCACAGGCGCCCAAACAUCACGACAAACUGUUCCUGGGUUACUCAUACGUGGCCCCCAGCAUCCUAUUCUCUGAGAACAUCAUCUCGGAUCAGAUCUGGCUACAGGCAACCGGACAGAAGCAUGAGAAACUCAAAGGAUGGAUCGCUAAGGACUCGCCGUUCUUCCAGAAGUAUUCUGUUGAUCUCAGCACUCCUCUUUUGGGUGACGGCUCGUAUGCUGUUUGUAGGAAAUGUAUACAUAGACAGACGGGCAAGGAGUACGCUGUGAAGAUAAUAUCGUCCCAGAAGAAGGACGUGAAGCAGGAGAUAGAGCUUUUGAAGACCUGCCAGGGAUGUCCUUACAUCAUACAGCUACACGAAGUGUUCCACGACACCGCGUUCACAUACAUAGUAACAGAACUAGCCAUUGGCGGAGAGCUCUCCUCUGUGUUGGGCGCGGUGAGUGAGAGGGUCGCGCGGAGACUUAUGGUGCAACUGGCGCUCGCUGUGAGACACAUGCACGCGAGGAACGUCGUGCACAGGGACCUCAAGCCGGAGAACAUUCUUCUGAGCAGUACUCGUCUACACGAAGCCAAGGUGAAAGUAGUGGACUUUGGGUUCGCGCGGCGACUGCCGGACUGUGAUGAUAGGCAGAGGAUGAUGACGCCUUGCUUUAGUUUACCGUACGCGGCGCCAGAGGUCGUGUCGUGUGCUAAAGGCGCGGCGGCCGGCUACGGGCCCGGAUGUGAUUUGUGGAGCCUGGGAGUUAUAUUUUAUUGCCUCGUGUCUGGGCGGGCGCCCUUCUCGCCGGGCGGGCGGGAGCCGGUCGCCGCCCUCGUGCAGAGGAUUAGGGCCGGCACCUUCACUAUGGACGGUCCUGUGUGGGACAACAUAUCUUGUGACAGUAAGCGUCUGAUAGCCGGCCUGCUGUCUGUGGAGCCAGCGGAGAGGCUGACUAUCACACAGGUGCUGCACGAGCUGGGGGUGAACUGCGACGACGGGGGAGGGUUUAAACUACAGGAUAUGACCAAAGCCGAUCUCUACAAGCGUCGCAGUAAGAACAAGCAGCGGGCCUACAGCGACGUUGAACAAGUUACAGAUACGGAUCAAGAUCACGAUACAUCCAUCACUGAUACAUUGGAUACAUUACACAGGAUCAACAAGACCUCCAUAGAACAAGAUGUGGAGAUCAUCAAGGCUAACACCGUGCACACGCCCGGCGAAGAUGACGAACAUAUUAACGAUGAUAACUACGAAGUAUCACCUCUCAAACCAGUAGAAAAGACAUACUCCAAGCCUAGAUCAAAACUAGACGAAUACAUAUACAUAGAAAGCAGCCAUGGACUUGAAGAUACAGAAGUAGCCUUCCCUAAGACGACACGCAAGAAGAAUUCACGAUCAACAUCACCGGUCGCGAAAAGAAGAAAAAUUGACACAAGAUCUACUAAGAAAGUGGAAUCGACUCAAAAGAGAGGCAGAGGACGACCCAAGAAGAAUAUUGAGGAAGUUAAAAUAACUAGGAAUACCAAAGAGUCUAUAGAAAACGAUAAAACAAUUCUAACAAGAGUUACAAGAAAGAGGAAAUAUGAGGAAAUAGCCAAACCUGUGUUGAGAGAAAAAGGACAGAAUGGAAGGCAAUCAAAGAAUAGUGAUGCGAAAAUAGAGAAUAGAAAAAUAGUUAGACCCAAGAGGAAUAUAGAAGUUAAACCCGAACAAGACAUGAGAAUGACCCGCUCGAGGAGGAGGAGGCUUGAGGUCAGUCUGUCACCCUCUGAGGUAAAGACGGUCAUACCCACCUUCUCAUUCGAGUCAGACAGACGAGGUCAGUCAGUAGAUAAGAACAAGAAAGGCAAAGCGAAAAGACAAGCCAAGCCCAAACGAAACACACGAGCUCGCAACACUAGGAGGUGA